GCAAUUCAAAACAAAGGUCCCCAUAAGAAGAGUGCCUCGGCAAGGUAUGACCAAGUCAUAAGCUGGGACGAUUUACAUAAGAGAUAUGUAAGUAGGUAGAAAAGAAUCAGUUUCAACUCCUCACAAUUUCUAGAGACACCUUUUUCUUAAUAUCGCCUAAGCCUUUUAUUUAAAAGCCUUAUAAAACUUAUAUCGACUCCCCUUCUAUAUAAUAAACACCAACUUCUGAAAUCACAUGAAAUAAAUCAUGGGCCAAUCAGAAAGAGAAAGCUAUUCGGACUUUAGGCACUUCAUCAUCUCGUCGCCGUCCGAAUAUGUGGCCCACGUCGAGAUCAAUCGCCCAUCCAAGCUAAAUGCAUUCACACCAGAUAUGUGGGUGGAGAUUGGAAGGAUAUUCGCCAAGUUAUCUCGUGAUCCGGGUGUUCGUGCUAUAAUACUCUCUGCCGUCGGCGACCGGGCAUUUACCGCUGGUUUAGAUGUCCAAGCCGUGGAUCAACAAGGCCUCCUAGGCAACCGUGAUCAACAACCAGACCCCGCGAGACAGGCCACGAAACUUCGCCGUCAGAUUUUGGAGUUUCAAGACUGCAUAAACCAGAUAGAGAAAUGCGAGAAGCCUGUUAUCUGUGUUAUGAAUGGUGUAUCUAUCGGCUUGGCCAUCGAUAUAGCCUGCUGUGCAGACGUGAGAAUCUGUUCUCGAGACACCAGAUUCUCUGUUAAAGAAGUGGAUAUUGGCAUGGCCGCAGACAUAGGUACUCUUGCGAGGCUACCGAAGAUCGUCUCGAGCUUCUCGUGGGUGAAGGACGUCUGCUUGACAGCUCGAGGCUUCGGUGCCGAAGAAGCCCUUGCUGUCGGAUUCGUGAGCCAGGUGCUAGAGACCAAGGCAAAAGCCAUCGAGGCUGCCAGCAUGCUUGCAUCUUUCAUAGCAUCCAAGAGUCCAGUUGCCGUCCAGGGCACGAAAGAGCUGCUGAACCACGCUAGGGACAACACAGUGGCGGAUAACUUAAGAUACACAAGCCUGUGGAAUCAGGCGAUGCUUCAGUCCAACGACUUUAAGACUGCGUUGCUAUCUGGGCUGAGAAGGACCAGGCCCAGGUUUGAGAAGCUAUAGAUGGAUGAUAUUGACAGGUGCUUCGGAUGGGUAUUAAAGCGCACCGCUUAUGGACCCCCCAUUACGAGUGGCCGAAAGAGACUUGAUGUCCCUUUAAAUUGAUAGAAUGUUUGUGUACGAAGCAAGUUAUAUAAGAAUUUACGUUUGUUGAUACUUCUUAGUAUGAGGUGUCUACCUAGAGUGCUAUCAAGUUCCUUUUAUUUAUUAACGUCUUGGUCUGAAUCGGAGUCGUCAUCCACCUCAGGAACGUUUUCUUUCAAUCGCUAAUGUUAGGUGUAUAUGUUAGUAUAACAUAUCACAAGCUAAGAAUUUCGAUUGGGGGAGACUUGAUUAUACCUUUUCCAGCUCUAUCUUCAACUGCUUCACCAUAUUAUCUUUAACUACGAGGUGAUUUUCGUCGAGGUCCUCGAUUAUGUACUCAUUGUUUACGCUGUCGAUACUGAUAAUGAUGGAUUUGAUUGAGGGCUCGCAUUCAACCAAAUUACCUUUAAUAGCGCGGACCAUGGUGUCUCCCGAGUUCUCUUGCUUGUCGUUGGCGUGGUUAGAGAGUCGCGCUCCCCGGCUGAAGCUCUUCUGUUUUUUUUUUUUUUUUUUUUUGGGGGG